AUCAAUCACGUCAUGCCAGAUAUCCACAAUACUGUACUGAAGGAGCAGAAUAAAAAUUAUGCAAGGAACAGGAGAUUCUUACGUGGGAAAAAGAAAUUCAACAUGAACCACAAAAAGAAAUGCAAACUCUGCACAGACGCAGAGGAUGACUGAAUAAGCGAGAAGAACCACAUCCUGUUCCCGGAAGAGAUGCAGAAGCGCCACUUCACCACAGCGACCUCCGUCUUAUUCGUUGCUUCCUCUAUACGUCCUCAGUUAAAAACUGAGUCCCUCGGCCUGCGUCUCAGGCCUGAGGAUACGUACGAGUGGGAGGAUGAGAAGUUUUAAGACUUGUUGGGGUGAAAGGGGUCUGUAGUGUAAUUGAUUUGAAUAACUACUUAGCAGGAGUGCACACUCAAAGAAAAGGUCAUAUUUGGCUCUGAACAUCCUUUGAGAUUUAAUGAUAAAUGCAACGUGCAAUAUUCAUUUAACCUUUGUCAUCUUCCUUUUCUGGUGAUUAAUGACGACAGUGACUCAAAAGGAGAAGAAGAAAUAUUUCUCUGUAGCAGCGCUGAUUAGAAUUGAAACGAGCUUUGGCCAGUGUUAUAAUGAAAGCUUGCAUGUCAGGGCCAUUUGCAGUCUUUGGCUGAGCUGCCCCUCUGGUUGCUGUUGUGGUUGCAUAACCCUAAACCUGAACAACUAAUCUAUACUAUAUAAAAACAAUUGCGUCUGUGUAAACAUGGACAUUACUGAUUUGCAUGCUCCUGGUUUUCCUUCAGGGCGUCCAGUACUUGGUUGAAAAUGAUCUGCUGGAAUGGCGAGCUGAGUCCGUGGCCGAGUUUCUUUACAAAGAGGAGGGACUGAACAAGACCGCCAUCGGAAACUUCUUGGGAGAUAGGGAGGAAAUGCAUCUGCAGACACUGAAAGCGUUUGUGGGCCUGCAUGAAUUCUCAGACCUGAAUCUGGUGCAGGCGCUGAGGCAGUUUCUAUGGAGCUUUCGUCUCCCGGGAGAAGCUCAGAAGAUUGACAGGAUGAUGGAGGCGUUUGCAACUCGCUACUGCGACUGUAACCCAGGGGUCUUCCAAUCCACAGACACUUGCUACAUCCUGUCGUUUGCCAUCAUCAUGCUCAACACGAGUCUCCACAACCCCAACGUGAAAGACAAACCCAGCCUGCAGCGAUUUGUUUCCAUGAACAGAGGAAUCAACAACGGGGCGGACCUGCCCAUCGAGCUGCUCACGAAACUGUACGCAAGCAUCCGCAGCGAGCCGUUCAAAAUCCCGGAGGAUGAUGGGAACGACCUCACGCUGACAUUUUUUAAUCCAGACAGAGAAGGCUGGCUCCUCAAAAUGGGUGGCCGAGUUAAAACCUGGAAGAGGAGGUGGUUCAUCUUGACAGACAGCUGCUUGUACUACUUUGAAUACACCACAGAUAAAGACCCGAUCGGGAUUAUUCCUCUGGAGAACCUGUGUGUCAGGAGGCUACAAGACACAAGCAAACAGUAUUGUCUGGAGUUAUAUAACCCUAAAGGACAAAAGAUCAAGGCCUGCAAGACGGAGAACAAAGGCAGAGUGGUGCAGGGUAAACAUCAGUCCUAUAAGCUCAGUGCAGCCGGCGCAGAAGAACGGGACGCCUGGAUAGAUGCGAUCAGGGCGAGCAUCACCAAAGACCCGUUUUAUGACCUGGUGUCUCUACGAAAGAGGAAGGUCAUCGGCAACACUUCCUCAUAGACUGAAACACAAGACAUCAGAAGAAACAACAUUUGGAUCCUGGACGAAUCAUCCUGUCACUUUAUGACGGAGACUCUUCAGAAAAAUAAAACUCAUGAAUCUCAGAGCAUUUCAAAGAAAGGUACAACUUGGGAAGUAACAAGUGUAAAAAGUGAAAAUUGAACUAUUUGUGGCUUGCGAUGUAAAGUCUUCACAUUACUUGCACGCACUACUGCACCGACUUCAGGAACUGACAAUCCUGCUGACAAACAUCUGCCACCAGAGUCCGAAGGUGAAAGGAAGUUGGUUUGUUAGUGUUAUAGAUGGAUUACUGAACAGGCCUUCAGGUCCAGGCCCCUUCGACCAAAACUCUGCAUCAAGUAACAUUUAUUGUGUGAAAGAAAUUCAAAAUGACCCCAAAAAAGAAAAACAACUACAAAAACAUCCAUGAAGAGAUGACUAAAAAGAGAUGCAUUAUGACUAAACAAGAUUCAAAAUUACACCACAGAGAUGCAAAAUGACUAAAACAAGACUCAAACUGUCCACAAAGAGA